CAUGUUGAAGCUCCGCCUUUCCCUGACGGCUACUGCUCGGCCUCCGGCUGCUGCCGUAGCUCUCCAGCGCACAGAUAAGGAUUUGGAUUUAUUGAGGAGACUGCUUAAAGGUGAAGAAUGGCACUGAAACAGCUUUCCAGCAACAAGUGCUUUGGAGGAUUGCAAAAGGUUUUUGAACAUGACAGUGUUGAAUUGAAGUGCAAAAUGAAAUUUGCUAUCUACUUACCACCAAAGGCAGAAACUGGAAAAUGCCCUGCACUAUACUGGCUCUCUGGUUUAACUUGCACAGAACAAAAUUUUAUUACAAAAUCUGGUUAUCAUCAAGCUGCCUCAGAACACGGCCUUGUCGUCAUUGCUCCAGAUACCAGCCCUCGUGGCUGUAAUAUUAAAGGCGAAGAUGAGAGCUGGGAUUUUGGCACUGGGGCCGGAUUUUAUCUGGAUGCUACUGAAGAUCCUUGGAAAACUAACUACAGAAUGUACUCUUAUGUAACGGAGGAGCUUCCCCAACUCAUAAAUGCCAAUUUUCCAGUAGACCCCCAAAGGAUGUCUAUUUUCGGCCACUCCAUGGGAGGCCAUGGAGCUCUGAUUUGUACUUUGAAGAAUCCUGGAAAAUACAAAUCUGUGUCAGCAUUUGCUCCAAUUUGCAACCCAGUGCUCUGUCCUUGGGGCAAAAAAGCCUUUAGUGGAUAUUUGGGAACAGAUGAAAGUAAAUGGAAGGCUUAUGAUGCUACCCAUCUUGUGAAGUCCUAUCCAGGUUCUCAGCUGGAUAUACUAAUUGAUCAAGGAAAAGAUGACCAGUUCCUUUCAGAUGGACAGUUACUACCUGAUAACUUCAUAGCUGCUUGUACAGAAAAGAAAAUCCCUGUUGUUUUUAGAUCACAAGAGGGUUAUGAUCACAGCUACUACUUCAUCGCAACCUUCAUUACCGAUCACAUCAGACAUCACGCCAAAUACCUGAAUGCGUGAGAAACGUCAGAUAAGAGACGCCCUCCAGGGUUCUGAAACUGUAAUAAACAGAGUGACAAAGAAAGAGUUUAAAACACUGGAUUUCAUAAUGCUAUAAAUGCUUCCUUCUCCAAUUGAAUCACCCUCUGAAUAAAUAUAUCAAACCGCC